AUGGCCACCAUGCCCGCUGAAACCAAUGGAAUCGCCGUCAAUGGACUCGCCGUCAAUGGACUCGCCGCCAAUGAACUCGCCGCCAGUCGCCCUGCCGAGGGCAUCAUCCAUCCCACACACGAGCUCUCGAACCCUCCCCCAGCAGACUCGGCCUUCGACUCGAUACCAGACGUCGUCGCAGCUUUCGCCAACGACGAGUUCGUCAUCGUCCUCGACUCGCCCGACCGCGAGAACGAGGGCGACCUGAUCAUAGCGGCCGAGUCGCUCACGCCGGAAAAGGCGGCCUUCAUGAUCCGCUACAGCUCCGGCUACAUGUGCGCUCCGCUGCCCGUGUCGCGCGCCGCCGCCCUGCACCUCCCGCAGAUGGUCGCCGACAACGCCGACCCCAACCGCACCGCCUACGCCAUCUCCAUCGACGCAAACGACGACAGCGUGUCCACGGGCAUCAGCGCGCACGACCGCUCGCUCACCUGCCGCCUGCUCGCCGACCCCAACGCAAAGGCCAGCCACUUCCGGCGGCCGGGGCACAUUCUGCCGCUGCAGGCCCGCGACGGGGGCGUGCGGGUGCGGAGGGGACACACCGAGGCCGCCGUCGAUCUGUGCCGGCUGGCGGGCAAGCAGCCCGUCGGUGUGAUUUGCGAGAUGAUCAACGACGGGGAGAGCGUGGACGGGAAGCCAGCGCUGCUGGGAAGCGGCAUGAUGAGGACGGACGAGUGUCUGGCGUUUGGAAAGAAGUGGGGGAUCAAGGUGUGCACCAUUGAGGACAUGGUCACCUACAUCGAGCAGAACGAGGGCAAGCUGCCCGUGCCAUAG